AUGCGCUUUCAACAUCAAGUUGUGCCGCUGGUCGCGACGGCAGCGGGCUGGCUGGGUCGGGUUGAAGGGUCACCUAUUGGAAGUCAAAAUGGAAUUGCGACGGUAGCGCUACCAGAAACGAGUCCAGUCGGUUACGGAAUACUUCGAUAUGCCUCACCGGACCUUCGACGAAGCUUGCUAGGGGAGGAGGGAGGCGUGCCAGGUGGGCUUAGCAAGAGACAGUGUGCUGGUCAGCUUAUUUGCACCGCGUGGAUCAAUGUCUGCUGCCCGCUUGGAACGACAUGCUGCAGCGCGACGAGUUGCUGUCUGGCUGGGUAUGGUUGCUAUAGUGGGUAUUGUCUGAAGGAUACGGUGACUGUGUGGACUACCCGAUACUCAACUUACACCGACUACGAAACAUCCUAUUCCACUUAUGUGAGCCUCAAAUACGAUUACACCACAGUCACAGUUCGAUCGAAGAACGGAGUGGCAACAUCUACAGAAUGGACGACGGUCACUCGAGAAGCAGCGAAACGACGACAACUGAUAGCUCCAACACCAACAAGCACGCAUGACGUUGGCCACACUCCGUCGCCGACCAAGCCACCAAGAUUGGAAGACCUUGGCGCUGGAACGAUGGAGUCAUCACCAAACCAUCUUGGACUUGUCAGACGCGUUCUCGAACGAGCCGGCGUGGUAGAAAAGAGGGCCUCAACGGCGUGGAUAACGGUGUGGCCAACCUGGACGACAACAUUCUGGUAUUAUCGCACGUCCUGGUACUACAGCUAUGUGACCAGUGUCAGAUACAGCACCAUCACCAGCACACAGAUCAUCUUUGAUGGGGCUAGUUCCACAACGACGGUUCGGUCCACCACCACAGUCUUCACCCAAAAGCCACCGCCAGCUCAGACACCACCUCCCAACAACCCCCCCGCGGCAGAUCCCCCUCCGGCAAAUAACACCCCCGCCCCCCCGCCAGCCGACGAACCCGCGCCUACCAAACCCCCCGAGACAGUCACUUUGACUCAAUCCCCGCCCGACAAUGGAGGUGCCGGCGGCGGCGGCGGUGGUGAUGAUACGAACAACACCCCCCCGCCAGCACCAGACACAACACCCGUCUCAUCUUCGUCACACCAUCAGACAUCGUCCUCCCCACUGACUCUCUUUAUCAUCGCCACAACCGAAACCCCGUCCCCGGCUCCACCUGCCAGCGGUACGCUGCCUCAAGGAACGGUGAUAGGGAUAGGUGUUGGCUCGGCCUUAGGGGGUAUCGCCCUCAUUGCCGCGUUGGUGUUCUUCUUCCUCCGCUACCGAAGAAAGAACCCCCCUCCCUCGACCGAUGACUCGACCGUGGGCCGCAACUCCCAAACGGCGGCCAUUUCUGGCGGUAGAGCGGGUGGGGGAGCGGGUGGGGGAGCACACGACAGCACGUUAUACGGCGUUUUCGGAAGAAAAGAAAUUGAUUCCAGGUCUCCAAGCGUGAUCGUCAGUUCGCCCGUCGCCGGUUCACCCUCCCCCGGGAACCUCACCGGGGCCGGGACGGUCAGUUCCAUGUCGCCUCCACCACCGGAGCGACAGCAAAGAGGGGGGAGUUAUGUCUCUGAACUUGAACAAAAUGCGGGACGGAGGACACCCGGGAUGGGGGAGCUGCAUGAGACGACGAGGGGGUCGGAACUUUAUGAUACGGGGUAUGGUGGCUAUGGAUGGAAGCCGCCGCAGGAGUUGCCUGCGAGGAGGUUCUCGCCUGGACUGCAGGAGAUGCCUGAGGAGCCUGGGCAUUAUGCGGGCAUGGGGCAGGAUAGGCCUGUGCCGUAUAGGCAGUAUGAUGGGGCUGUUGUGCCGGAUUUGAGUGUUGGGCCGACGCCGCAGAUGAGGGGGGUGAGGGGGGAGGAUCCGUAUGGGUUGGGGGAUGUGCCUUAUCCGAGCGCGGAGUUGUUGGCUAGGGGGUACGGGGCUGGGCCUGGGGGUGGGCAGGGGCAGAGGCAGGGGCAGGGGCAGGGUUGGGGGGAGGGUGAUGGGAUGGAGUAG